AUGUCUUCCAACUUCCAACUUUUCAUUGACUUUCAUGAUUGGGUUGAGGACCACCUAGUUGUUGGGACCGAUGGACUCGGCAACGAUGCACCAUACGUUCGUAUUGAUGCAUUGCAAGAGUAUUGGGAAGACCAAAUAUACCCCCUUCUGAGGUCAUGCAGCCAUGACGAACCGAUCCAUGUGCCGAUUGAGGACAUAAACAAGGGCUACUUGCGUAUUUUCUCCGUUCUCGCGUACAUAUCCAGCACUCAAGUCGCAAGGCUCAACUACAUCAAGAAGUUUAUGGAGAAAGGUAUCGACGACGAUCUCCUGCCGUUCGAAGAUAAGCCGGAUGCAUUCUCAAACGCACCUGACGCGAUUCGAGCAUUCGAAGACUUUCAGAACCAACAAUAUCUCUUCUCCCCAGUUGACUUUGGCCGGAGACGUUUUCACAAUGAGGAGCUGCUAGCCCGAAGUGUCCUGCCUCUCAACGUUGAGGAGGUGUUGUCUGGAAAGAAGGGUGAGACUAGCAUAGUCAAGAAGUGCAAGGUCCAUCCCUCUAGUGGUCUCAAAGCUAGUUCAAUUGUUCUGAAAGAGUUCGAUUCCUCGGAAAAAGAGUAUUCUUUCAAAAACGAGUCGAACUCCUACAUAAAUCUCGAGAACAAGAUCCCCUCAGACGUAUACGCAGAAUGCUUCCUUACAUACUAUGGAUCUUUCCGGAAAGGGGACAAAGCAUUCAUCAUGCUUGAGUAUACCGAUCAUGGCAGCUUGUUGGAUUUCUUCAGCAGAAAUGAAUUGCCACUUGAACGACAUGAGCUUCGUGACUUAUGGUUGAGUCUCAGCGAUCUAUUUAUCGGUCUCGAGCUUAUUCAUGGUCUCGAACAUGAACACCAGGGCAGCAUACAAGGCACCAUUCGGGGCGUACACCAAGACCUAAAGCCUGCCAACAUCUUUGUAUUCAGCCGAAGUGAUAGCACCCCAUAUCACUUUCGCUUCAAAAUUGGAGACUUCGGAAUGAGCAGUCUAGCUCUCGUCAAGACCAGGAACAAAUUAAUCAGGGGUCACGGCAACCCCAGCACGAAAAUGUAUGGAGCCCCAGAGCUGACUCUCCACUACCCAGCCUUAGAUGGUGUUGGCUACGGGGCCCGAUGGGAUGUAGAUGUUUGGUCCAUGGGCUGCGUUCUAUUCGAAGUCUUGGUCUGGACAACAUGUGGGACCAGAGGAAUAUCGGAAUUCUUCGAAAUGCGACAGCGGGCCACCGACCGUGUCCUGAAUCACACAUCCCAAGGAUAUUCAGGCUGUUUCCACAAUGGAACCUCCAGGAUUCAGGCUGUCGACGACAUGAUGACACUUAUAAUAAAAAGGAGAAGAAUAUUUGACGACUUGUCGGAGCCGAUUGGCACUCUGAUUCUGAAAGAAAUGCUUAUACCCAACGAAAAAUGCAGGCUGGAGGCCAGGUACUUGCUUCCACGUUUCCAGGACAUUCUUAAACCGCAAGAGGCAGAAACAGGUCGGCGAGGGACAAUCUCGGAGCAAUAUGAGACACCAGAUGCCCAAAGUGGAGGCCGUUCUCGUGGUAGCACGGCUGAAAGAGACGGAAGCUACAAGGACUUUCAACGGCAUCAGCAGGCGAGGAAGUCUCCAAACAGCCUGGAGACCCACGAAGAUGACUGUCAGAAUCAGGAGUUCACGGAUACUCGCGUACUGAGCCCACCUGAUGAGCGCAGCUAUAGUCGCCGUCGAGCGUACGAGUCCUGGUCGAGUUACGAGGUGCAUCCAACGCAUGAAAUGAGAAAUGGUCCACGUUUGGUCUCACCACCGCCAGAGCGUGGCCAUGGAUACGCUCGAGUCACCAUCUCCCAGGUGAUCCGAUGGAUCGACGACAAGAAGAACAGAAGGGCACCCAGACCACUUCCAGAUCAUGACAGAGCCAUGCGGGAGAUUGAUAAUCGUGAACAGAUAUUCGUUGUCGACGACUCAGACACGAUGAGGACUCAUCACUGGGACAAGGUCAUCGAGGCGGUUCUGGCGCUUGGCUAUCUCGUGAAGCCGGCUGAUCCGGACGGCAUGGAGCUGUUCUUGACUUCUGACCCCGCAAAAUGUAAGAAGUCCCGCGACAGCAAUGGCCUUGUUCGCACCCUCGAAGACCAUCAACGAACAUCUUUCGUCGGCGCUUGCAACAUGGAAAAUAGCCUAAGCCCAAUUUUCGACCAUGUCAAGAACGGCCUGAAAAAUAGAACAACCGUGGCGCUGCAAUUCAUCCAAUUCGGCAACGACGCACUCGGGAAGGAAAGGCUUCGGUAUCUGGACGACACUUUGGGGGAACAAUUGGACUUUGAUAUUGUGGAUCACAGGCACUGUGAAGAUGGAGUUUGGCACAUGCUGGUGGGACCCAUUAGUCGCGGUCUCGACAAGGACAACAAUGUUGGAACGAACUGA